CGCCGCCGCCCCGCGCCGCCUGCGCCCUCGCUCCCUGCCAGGGAGCCUCGGUUCUCCUCCUGCCGCCCCGCUCGGCCCCGGCGGCGGCAUGGGGGGCGCGACGUCGCUGGCGCUGCCGCGGGCCGCCGGCCCUCACGCCGUGGGCUGCGCGGACGUGAUGGUGGGCCGCGCGCGGCAGGGGCUUCUCUUCCGCCUCUUCUACCCCUGCCUGCGCCGCGAAGGCGCCGAGCGGCCGCUCUGGAUCCCGCGCUACGAGUACUGCGGCGGGCUGGCCGACUUCGUCGGCCGCAGCCGGCGGUGGUGCGCGCCCCUGCUCAGCGCCGCCUUCGGGGCGUGCAGAGUCCCGGUGAGCUGGAACGGGCCUUUCAAACCCGGCAGCGCCAGGUACCCGCUGAUCAUCUUCUCCCACGGGCUGGGUGCGUUUCGGACCGUGUACUCGGCCGUCUGCACGGAGCUGGCGUCCCGGGGCUUCGUGGUGGCGGCGCUGGAGCACAGGGACCACUCUGCCUCCGCCACGUAUUUCUGCACGGCGGAGGCUGGCGAGGCCGCGGCGCUGCGGGAGGAGUGGAUCCCCUACCAGCGGGUCCCCCCCGGGCAGAAGGAAUUUCACUUUCGGAACAAGCAGGUCCAUCAGAGAGCAGAUGAAUGCGUGCGAGGGCUCCAGCUCUUCGAGGACAUCAGCCGUGGCAAAUCUGUCCCGAACGUCCUUCACGGGGACUUUGACCUGUCUGUGCUGCAGGACAGCAUUGAUUUGACCAAAGUCGCUGUCAUGGGCCACUCCUUCGGCGGCGCGACAGCAGUGCUGGCCACGGUGAAGGAGCCGCGCUUCAGGUGCGCGGUCGCUCUCGACGCCUGGAUGUUCCCCUUGGAGCACGCGCUGUACCCGGAGGUGAGCAAGCCCGUGCUCUUCGUCAACACUGAGAAGUUCCAGACGCCGGAAAGCGUUGCCAAAAUGAAGCGGCUGAGCUCCAGAAACGGCGAGACGAAGAUCGUAACCAUCCUUGGAUCCGUACAUCAGAGCCAGACCGACUUCACCUUUCUGACUGGGAAGUUCAUCAACCGCAUCUUCAGUAUGAGGGGCGCCCUCAACCCGUACAAGGGCCUGGACAUCACCAGCCGGGCAGCUCUGGCCUUCCUGCAGAGGCAUCUCAACCUGAAUGAGGAGUUUGAUCAGUGGGACCAUCUCCUUGAGGGCAUCGGCGACUCCGUCGUUGCAGAAGCGCCCUUCUGCCACUCCAGCCUCUAGCCUGCUGCGAGGCCAGCCAGCACCCUGGGGAGCCGGAAAAUUGACCAGAUUGCUGACUUCAAGCCCAAAAUUUGGGGAAAAAUAAAGGUUUUAAACAAGAGGCAGCCAGGAAGUGUCUUCAAGCUUCUCACCCCGACAGAAAAGGGAGGCAUGAGAUCAGCUCUAGGAGCAGGAGGGAAAUGGCCCAGCCUGGCUGUACAGCAUGUAGAGCAGCAGUGCUGCAAACAGACUGCAGGCACAAGCACGUGCUGGUGAUGGAAAUAAAACGCUUCAGAAAUA